UGUGAGAGGGCUCCUCCACCGCUCACAUCCAUUCAUCGACUAUUGACAACCUCUCCCUUUCUCAGUCGUCUGACUCGAGCUCUCUCUAGCGCUGCCAGUGGACAAUCAGACCCACACACCCACCUCUGGCUACACUCGCGUUUUUUGAACAUUUCUUAGUUCUGCUCUAAAUUUACACGGCCAGGCGAAGUCUUCUUAGCUCGAAAAAAUCUCGUCGCGACGCCUCGUGGUCCGCUAGAAGACAGAAGAGGAGAGAAGAGAGAGAAAAGACGCCAAAAAAACCCCGAGAUACAACAUGGAGUCCCCUCCAGAUCCAACAAGCGACCCGGGCAACAGCGCCUCAGAGUCGGCUACCCCGGUCAGGGAAACCCCGGUAAACCUGGAGACUCUCCGCAAAGCUGAGCACCAAGCCCCGGUCAGGAGACAGAGCUGCUCCAGCACCAACAGAGGUAUUUCAGUAACAAAGAAGACACACACUUCUCAAAUUGAAAUUAUUCCCUGCAAGAUCUGUGGAGACAAAUCAUCAGGCAUCCAUUACGGUGUGAUAACAUGUGAGGGCUGUAAGGGUUUCUUCAGGAGGAGUCAGCAGAGCAAUGCUGCGUACUCGUGCCCGCGUCAGAAGAACUGCCUGAUUGACCGUACCAGCCGAAACCGCUGCCAGCACUGCAGGCUGCAGAAGUGUCUGGCCGUGGGCAUGUCGCGGGACGCGGUGAAGUUCGGCCGCAUGUCCAAGAAGCAGCGGGAUAGCCUGUAUGCAGAGGUGCAGAAGCACCGGCUCCAGCAGCAGCAGAGGGACCACCAGCAGCAGCCCGGCGAGGCCGAGCCGCUCACCCCCACCUAUGGGCUAUCAGCCAACGGCCUGACUGAGCUGCACGAUGAGCUUAGUGGCUACAUGGACGGACACACGCCGGAUGGCAGCAAGCCCGACUCUGGCGUCAGCAGCUUCUACCUGGACAUCCAACCCUCACCUGACCAGUCCGGCCUGGACAUCAACGGCAUCAAACCCGAGCCCAUCUGCGACUUCACACCAGGAUCGGGCUUCUUCCCCUACUGCUCCUUCACCAACGGAGAGACCUCUCCCACUGUCUCAAUGGCAGAGCUAGAGCAUCUGGCCCAGAACAUCUCCAAGUCCCACAUGGAGACAUGUCAGUAUCUGAGAGAGGAGCUGCAGCAGAUGACCUGGCAGGCCUUCCUGCAGGAGGAGAUGGAGAGCUACCAGAACAAGCCCAGAGAAGUCAUGUGGCAGUUGUGCGCCAUUAAAAUCACAGAGGCCAUCCAGUAUGUGGUGGAGUUCGCCAAGCGCAUCGACGGCUUCAUGGAGCUCUGUCAGAACGAUCAGAUCGUGCUGCUCAAAGCAGGCUCUUUGGAGGUGGUGUUUGUCAGAAUGUGCCGUGCCUUUGACCCUCAGAACAACACAGUCUAUUUCGAUGGAAAAUAUGCUGGUCCGGAUGUGUUUAAGUCAUUAGGCUGUGACGACUUGAUCAGCUCUGUCUUCGAGUUUGGGAAAAACUUGUGUUCUAUGCACCUGUCUGAGGACGAGCUCGCCCUGUUCUCGGCGUUCGUGUUGAUGUCUGCAGACCGCUCUUGGCUCCAGGAGAAGGUGAAGGUGGAGAAACUUCAGCAGAAGAUCCAGCUGGCCCUACAGCAUGUCCUGCAGAAGAACCACAGAGAGGAUGGCAUACUCACAAAGUUGAUAUGCAAAGUGUCGACACUGCGAGCGCUGUGCAGCAGGCAUACAGAGAAGCUGACUGCUUUCAAAGCAAUAUACCCAGACAUUGUGCGCACCCACUUCCCCCCGUUAUACAAGGAGCUGUUUGGAUCGGACUUUGAGCAGUCCAUGCCUGUGGACGGCUAGUGGCCCCUUCGUCCUGCCCUCUGGGGGGCAAAAAACACCGUGGGGAAUGUCGAGCAUGAAUCUGAGACUUUACCAGUGCCCUGCACACACAUACACACACAUACACACAGACACACACGACACACAAACACACACACACAUACACAUACCAGGACAGCGAACCUGCUGCACACACAACUUUCCCGUUUUUUGUUGUUUUUCCUUUGGGAGGGCGUAAGCCAGAGGAGGCUUUGAUUUGAAGGGGUAAUUUGCGAGGUUUAUUCCCCUCCUUUUUUGACACAGGUGGGAUUGAGGGGGCCCAGGGGAGAGGACGAGAAGAUGAAGACACUCGUUUUCUCUCUCUUUUUCCCAUUCUCUCUCUCUCUUCCCGGCUCAAGCUGAAGCACUCAUGCAUACGACAUCAGAACUGUCCCAUGACGAUUCCUAAUGAUCAGCAGAAAUUGUUUCGACCCGUUUCCAAAAGAAGAAGAACCAACGAUCUACAGAAGGACAUCCCACUGAAUCAGACCACUCAGUUUCAGAAGCCAGCAACCAGUUUCUGAUGUCCAGCACAACCUCCAAAUCAGUCUGCUA